AUGACGUUCGCCAUGCUGCGCACGGCACCACCUGCAGGCCGCUUCCUGUACGGCGACAUCGCACUGCUGUCCGAAGAUGACGAUGACAACGGUAGUGAGGGGUCAGGCUCUGAGGAGCGUACCACCAACUCCUCCAACUCCGCUGCCUUCCGCCUGUCCUCCUCGUCCCCGUCUGCCUUUCACAUCAAGAUGCGCCAGAGAACUGCAGCCAACGCGCGGGAGAGAGAUCGCACUAAUUCUGUCAACACAGCAUUCACAGCGCUUCGCACACUCAUCCCCACUGAGCCUGCAGACAGGAAGCUGUCGAAGAUCGAGACACUACGUUUGGCCAGCAGCUACAUCAGUCAUCUGGGGAACGUCCUGCUCCUGGGUGAAGGGCUUCAUGACGGACAGCCAUGCCACGCUCCUUCGCCACCGUUCUUCCACGUUAACUCCUCCCCCAACCGUGGAUCUGACCAAUCAGCUCAGCCCAAGCACAUCUGUACUUUCUGCCUCAGCAACCAGAGGAAACUGAACAAAGACAGAGACAGGAAGACGGCCAUCAGAAGCUAACAACUGGGACACAAACC